AAUCUUUUAUCUAGGUCUGACAUUUGACAGUGGACCUUCUUCACAUUUUUCGUCAUAUUUGAGAUCGGCUCGGCGAUCUGCGGUGCAGCGGUCACAUCAGCCAUGUUGAUAAUCGGAAGAACAAUUGCUGGACUUGCAGCUUCUGGGUUGAUGACAGGUGCGCUGACAAUUCUCUCGAGUUGCGUGCCAAAAGAGAGACAACCUGGUCUGAUGGGUAUCAUGAUGGGGAUUGGACAGCUUGGAGUAGCUUCGGGACCAUUGAUCGGAGGAGCUCUAACUCAGCAUGUAUCGUGGAGAUGGUGCUUCUACAUCAACCUCCCUGUUGGUGGUGUUGUUGCAGGUCUUCUUUUCAUGGUCAGCAUCCCAGAACAAGUAGCCAAGCCGACAGGCGCCAAGCUACGUACCGUAUUGAGUAAGAUGGAUCUUGUCGGAUUCGCCAUAUUUGCCCCAGCUUCAGUGAUGUUCUUUCUGGCUCUCCAAUUUGGCGGAGAACAAUUCGCUUGGAAUAGCAGUACUAUCAUUGGACUUUUCUGUGGUGCAGGAGUGACGUUUAUUGUUUUCUUCCUCUGGGAAUGGAGACAAGGUAAUGAAGCAAUGAUACCCUUCCCCAUGCUUCAGAUCAGAACCGUAUGGGCUGCCGCUGUCUCUAAUUUCUUCUUUAUGGGGUUGGUUUAUAUUGCGUCAUUUUAUCUGCCAGUUUAUUUUCAAGCAGUGAGAGGUGCAUCUCCAACUGCAAGUGGUGUAAAUCUCCUGCCAAGUAUCUUGUCUCAGAUCUUGUUUGCAGUGAUGUCGGGGAUUUUGGUUCAGAGAUUGGGCUACUACUUGCCUUGGUUCUUGGCAGCAGCAACAAUUGGAUCAGUUGGAUUUGGUCUUCUCUCUACGUUAAAUGCACAAACUUCAACUGGCAGGUGGAUUGGGUAUCUAAUCUUGAACGGCAUUGCCCGUGGGACGGGAACAGCAAUGCCAAUCAUAGCCAUUCAAAACACACUUCCGCUUGCUCAAAUCUCUGUCGCCAUGUCAAUUCUCGUAAUCGCCCAGAAUUACGGUGGCGCUGUCUUCAUUGCCAUUUGCCAAGCCCUUCUCACAAGCGCCUUGAAAACCAGUAUUCCAAAAUACGCACCAUCUGUAAAUGCGCAAAAUAUCAUCAACGCAGGUGCCACAGGAUUCCGAGCAAUUGUUUCAGCAGAUGAUCUUCCAGGCGUCUUAGCAGCAUACAGCAAGAGCAUCAGUCAUACAUUCUAUCUAGGGAUUGCCGCUAGUAUAAUUUGCUUCAUUACAGGGUGGGGUAUGGGGUUGAAGGAUGUCAGAAAGAAGAAAGCGGAAGAAGUAGUGGAAAAGGCGGCAGAGGGUGGUGUCGAAGGCAAUGUUGUAAGACUGUAGUAGAGGAACAGGACUCUGUGAGAGUAUCGCUAAAUAGGUAAUCGUGGGUG